AUGGCGGAGCCUGCCUCUGAGACUUUUGAGGAAUUGCUGCAUUCGGAGAGCCCACAGAAGAUCCCCACAAAGAUCCCGGAACAGGAGAAGCCCAGGGGCUGUGUUCAUCCGAAUUUGUUCGAAAAGGACAUGUUCGAGCGCAUCGGCGAGGAGGCUUCACUCCUGGUCCGCUACAACAAGCGCUCCACCAUGACCUCCAGAGACAUCCAGACAGCCGUGCGCCUGCUCCUGCCCGGGCACCUCGGCAAGCAUGCCGUGUCCGCCGGCACCAGGGCUGUCCUCCGUUACCAGCUACAGAAAUGA